GCCCAAUAAAACACAAACUUCCCAUAAAGCUCUGUUCCUUUCUUCAAUUUGCUGAACCACGUUAGAAGAAAAACCCGACGAGCCGAAAGAGGAGCUUGCUUACCAAUCAAUUCUCCAUCUGAGUUUGUGUGAGACAGAGAGAGGUUGCUACAAUGCGUUAUGCACAGCUUGUUAUUGGCCCAGCAGGCAGCGGAAAGUCAACUUAUUGCUCAUCUUUACACCAACACUGUGAAACUAUCAGACGAACAAUGCACAUAGUUAACUUGGAUCCUGCUGCAGAAGUCUUUAACUAUCCUGUGGCAAUGGAUAUCCGAGAGCUUGUUUCCGUUGAUGUUUUUAUGGAGGAGCUAAAGUGUGGUCCCAAUGCUGCUCUCAUCCGUUGUAUGGAGUACCUUGAGGACAGUCUUUAUAAUUGGUUGGAUGAAGAAUUGGAGAACUUCACAGACGAUGACUACUUAGUCUUUGACUGUCCAGGCCAGAUAGAGAUUUUCACACAUGUACCUGUGCUCAAAAACUUUGUGGAGCAUCUGAAGAAGAAUAGCUUCAAUGUCUGUGCUGUGUAUUUGCUUGACUCACAGUUUGUAACAGAUGUAACCAAGUUUAUCAGCGGAUGUAUGGUUUCUCUUUCUGCAAUGAUCCAGCUUGAACUGCCUCAUGUUAACAUCCUCUCUAAGAUGGAUCUCUUACAGGACAAAAGCAACAUUGAGGAAUACUUGGAUCCGGAGCCACGCAUAAUGCUGGCUGGGUUAAACCAAAGGAUGGCUCCUCAAUAUGCAAAACUGAACAAAGCCUUGAUUGAAUUGGUGGAACAGUACAGCAUGGUGAGAUUCACGCCGCUUGAUUUGAGGAAAGAAAGGAGCAUACAAUAUGUACUCUCUGAAAUCGACAAGUGCAUUCAGUUUGGUGAAGACGCAGAGGUCAAGAUCAAAGAACUUGAUGAAGACAUGGAUCAACUAGAGCUCUAGAAGAAAAUUUGGAAGUUAACUUCUUUGUGAAGGAAGAGUAAUGUGUAGUCAGUCAGUAGUGACAUUUUGUGUUUGUUCAUUACUCUUUUAACUUUUUAUAUUUCAGAAACUGAUGCUAAAACUCGAGUUAAAGACAAUUGCAAAUUCAAGAUUUUAUAACAAUAGAGUGUGUUGUUUAAUAA